AGAAACUUGGAAGCGUAAAAGGAAACGAAAGGGGGCCGAAAAAAAGGUUACCAUCUUUGCACUGCAUGAGCUCCAAUCCAUUCACCAUCCUCCUCUCUCCUCCUCUCACCUCCUCUUAUUAUUGAGUUCUUCACCUCACCCUUCUCUCUCCUCUCCCUCCCUCUGCUCUGGUGUGCUGCUACUCUCCCCUGCUUUGACCUUGCUGGCUUUAUCCGCCUUCCCCCCGCUUUUUCUUGGAUUUCUAGGAUCCAAGAAACUCCCUUGCGUACAAGGAGUCCGGUGAUCCGGGCGGGCGCUUAAGUUUCUUGAUUCCUUGCGGUGCUGUUGGAUUCGUGUAGCCGGAGGUGAGGAGAUGACCGUGGAGGAGGUGAAGCUGCAGGCGAAGGCCAACGGUGGGCAUGGGGCCAAGGACCAGUUCCCCGUCGGCAUGCGCGUGCUCGCCGUCGACGACGACCCCACCUGCCUCAAGGUCCUCGAGAACCUCUUGCUUCGCUGCCAGUAUCACGUGACAACAACUGGGCAGGCAGCCACAGCCCUGAAGCUGUUGAGGGAGAAGAAGGACCAGUUUGACCUUGUGAUCAGUGAUGUCCACAUGCCGGACAUGGAUGGUUUCAAGCUCCUUGAGCUUGUGGGCCUCGAGAUGGACCUCCCGGUCAUUAUGUUGUCUGCAAAUGGGGAGACACAAACAGUCAUGAAGGGUAUCACCCAUGGAGCAUGUGACUACCUGCUGAAGCCAGUGCGUAUUGAGCAGUUGAGGACAAUAUGGCAGCAUGUGGUUAGGCGGAAGAGUUCUGAUGCCAAGAACCAUGGCAAUGAUAACGAUGAUUCUGACAAGAAGUUGCAGUUGGCUAGUGCUGAAGGUGACAAUGGUGGCGUCAAUCGCAACAAGAGAACUUCACGCAAGGGUAGGGAUGACAAUGGAGACGACGGUGAUGAUUCUGAUGACAGUAAUGAGAAUGGAGACUCCUCAACCCAGAAGAAGCCACGGGUUGUGUGGUCUGUUGAGUUGCACCGAAAGUUCGUGGCUGCUGUGAACCAGCUUGGCAUUGACAAGGCUGUUCCGAAGAAAAUAUUGGAUCUCAUGAAUGUUGAGAACAUCACAAGGGAGAAUGUUGCGAGUCAUUUGCAGAAGUAUCGGCUGUAUCUGAAAAGACUUAGUGCUGAUGCGAGUCGGCAGGCCAAUCUAACUGCUGCAUUUGGAGGAAGGAACCCUGCUUAUGUUAACAUGGGGCUCGAAGCCUUCAGGCACUACAACGCAUAUGGGAGAUAUCGGCCAGUCCCAACCACUAACCAUUCACAGUCAAACAACCUUCUUGCAAGGAUGAACUCUCCUGCAUUUGGGAUGCAUGGUUUGCUGCCUUCGCAGCCACUUCAGAUUGGACACACCCAGAAUAAUAUGAGCACUUCCUUGGGCAAUGUUGGUGGGAUGAACAGUGGUAACCUGAUCAGGGGUGCUCAUAUGCCACUGCAGGAUAGUAGCAAAUGCUUUCCUACUGGUCCUUCCGGUAACUCUUUUCCAAAUAUAUCAAACAGCACAGCAUUGGUUCCAACGAAUAACUUGCCAUUACAGUCUCUUGAGCCAAGCAACCAGCAACACCUUGGUCGCAUGCACUCUUCUUCUGCCGACCCAUUUAACUCAUUUGUUGGUGAGUCUCCCCAGUUUCCAGACCUUGGAAGAUGCAACACCACCUGGCCAACUGCAGUUUCAUCAUCGAACAUUCAUGAACUUGGUCAGAAGGACAGCAUGCCCCAACCAAACCUGCGUGCAAAUGGCCCCAAGCUUGAGCCUCUCUCAAGUUUUACAGAAGCAUCCAGUCAGAUUCCUUUGCUGGGCAAUGAAAUGCAGAGCCAGGUAGCGUCACUAGCUAGUAACGGUCUUCCAAUGCCCUUCAAUCAGGAAGCGGUGCCAUUCGCAUACAGAAGCAGCACCAACUCAAGAGACAUGCUGAAUAACAACCUUGCGCUUAGUAAUUCAGGCAUCAACUCUUCUUUGCCAAACCUUCGCCUAGACAAUUCUAUGGUUCCGAGGCAGACACUGGAUGGUGGUAAUUCAGGUGGUGUUCCCCCUUUGCAAGAUGGCAGAAUUGAUCAGCAAGCUGUUAAUAGUCAGCUAAACUAUAACAACGAUCUGAUGGGGACAAGUAGGCUGCAAAGGGGACUCAGUGGUGGUCUGGAUGACAUUGUUGUCGACAUGUUUCGGCCGGACCGCUCAGACGACAGCAUCCCCUUCAUUGACGGGGACUGGGAGCUGGUCUAGCUGGUUUCAGUUCCCUACAUCAAGUCUUGGUGUGAGAUUUUCCGCAUUUGUGGGGGGUCGGCUGUUGAUUGGUCCAUGCUAAUUGCCUGCUCAAAGUUGUUUAUAGUAGCAAGUUUGUAUCACAAAUGCCUUUUGCAUUUGGCUUUUCAGUCUAGCCGUCAGGUAGUGUUACGCCUGAACAUCGACUACGUGGUAUUUGCUACCUUAACUCGUGUGGCUAUGUUUAAGUCAGGUAUAACUGUGGUUAUCGUGAUAUAUAGCAUGGUUAUGAGCGAAGGAAUGCUUUAUAUUUCCUCU